AUGAGGCGCAGGGCACUGAACUGCUCCCUGGCGGACGGGGAGAUCCCACUGUCCGGCGACUUCUUCAGGGCCAUCCACUCGGAGGUCUGGAUCUUCAUCCUUCCGGCAGCGAUGACCCUGGCCAUCCUCGUGCUCUUCCUGGAGGAGGUGGGCUUCUUCCUCCGGAACGUCGGCCAGAGAGAGCGCUGGCAGCUCAGCCUCUGGAUCCUGGGCAUCUACCCGGUGUUCGCUGUGACUUCCUUGAUCGGUCUCUACAUUCCUCGAUCUGCUUCCCUUUGCUCCUUUGUGGCAUCCAUAUAUCACUCCAUCACGCUCUGGAAGUUCCUGGGACUGAUCACGGAUUUCUUCGGAGGGAAGGGGAGGAUGCUGGAGCAGCUAGCUGGGGAGGAGGUCUCUCCCAGCCCCUUUCCUUGCUGCUGCUGUUGCUGCUGCGCCAUGAUCUCUGUCAGCAGGUUGAGCCUGCGAUGGAUGACUGUGGCCGUGUUCCAACUCUCCGUGGUCAGAACCGUUCUCUUCUUCGUGAUGCUGGUCCUGUGGACGGACGAGAAAUAUGAUUACGGGGAGGUGGACUUCCUCAGUCCCAACUCCUACAUGCAUAUCAUCAUCGGUGCCUCCACCUUCCUGUCUUUCUAUGGCUACCUGCUCUUCUACAAGGCCACCAAGGGCUCCCUGCCUGGCUAUGGCCUCCAGGGCAAGUUCAUCUGUGUCACGGUGGUCCUGGUGUUGUUUGGCCUCCAGAGCGGCAUCCUGGAGACCGUGGGAGCUUUGGGAGCCAUCUCUUGCUCACCGCCCUUCUCCAUUGACAUGCGCUCUCAGAUCAUCUUCAACUACGCGGUGAUCGUGGAGAUGUUCUUCAUCAGUAUCCUGGCCCGCUUCUGCUUCCGGAAGGUGGAGCCGGGGAACAUUCCCAUUCCCUGCCGGCCCAGGGAGAACAAGUCCGUGCAGACGGAGGAGGCCGGCUCCUCCGGGGCCCCGGAGCCCGACCGGCUCUCAGUGGGCGCCGGCGCAGACGAGGCGCUGUGCCGGAUCGAGUAUGCGCCGCUGGAUGGCUUCGACUUCCAGGGGUCCGCUGGGCGGCUGGGAAGAGGCGACUUUGGGCCUGGGCGCGCGGACUUCGCUCCCGGACCGCCGCCCGCCCAGGACCCCGCGCUCCCAGGUCCGCACGCCACCCGGGUCAAGGCGCAGGUCGACGCCCGUGAUCCCAAGCAGGGCGUGACUCUGGUCUGA